AUGGAUCGUGGGCUCUUUAGACGUGCUAUCGCUGACAAUGAGGAGCCAACUUCAGGGUUUAUGUACCGUGAAAUGGCGCAGUGGACCUUUAAAGAUUACAAUACGCAGAUGAAAUUUAUAGAUGCCCUUCUUGAAAAAUUAAAGCCAAAUUCUGGUGUUCAUGUAUUGUACAAAAUUUUGCGUAUCAUAAAGGUAAUGUGCGAAACAGGUCAUAGUGAUUUUCAAAAGGAAAUGCAAAAAAAUAGUCGUACCGAGGAAAUAAAAGCAUUUACUAUGUACCGUGGUAAACCAGACGCAAACCAUGGUGAUAGUCUGAAUGAGAAGGUUCGACUCGCAGCUCGAGAUGCAAUGGAAGCUGUGUUUUCACAUCAUAAUGAAAGACGGUUGUCACUUGCAACUAUGGGAUACGGAAAUAAUGAGAGUCAAAAUAACAGCUACAGUGGUGUGAGUGGUGGUGGAGUUUUAGCGCAACCAACUUUUACUACUGGUCAUACUGUUACAGGAGCAUUAUUGGAGGGACCAAUGAGUGUACAUAGUAACCGAAUAGCUCCAAUGCCCACUACAAACAAAUGGGCUGAACAUGUUGCACAGCAAGCUUCUGCUGCGAAUACGAGCAUAACAAGUCGUAUGAUGUCAGCUUUAACAGAAAAAGCAAAAACGGGGUUUGGAAUUCUUGGUAAUUCAAAUGUUAUUGGACAAUACAAGAGUGCAAAGGAUGAACUCUACGAAAAUGCUCUUAGAUUGGGUACUACUGGUAUGAAUACAGGAUCUUUAUCCUCUGUUGAUACGGGAAGCUUUAAACCUCCUGAAUUAAAGGAAGUUGAACCUUAUUCUUCAGGUGUUGAAGGAAGCAGUAGUGGGUGGAAGUUUAUUGAAGACUCUGCAAGAGGAGGAGGAGGAGGGGGUUCAUCUUCACAUGAGACAAAAAGUAGUUUCACUUUUCAACAACAAGAACGGGAGCGAGUAACACCUUUUCAAGCCUCUGUUCAACGAAUUUGUCAAAUGAAGAGUACCCCACAGCGAGUGGAAUUACAUACUUUUCUCUCUCAGUGUAUCUUGAUUGGUGAAGAGAUGAUGCGGCAACGAGUUGAUGCUGUUGUCGAUGGCAGUGAGCAGCAGGAAUGUUGGGAGGAACUCGCUGAGGCACUAGACACGCAGUUGACACAACAACACCCGUGGCAACGCCGUCUGAAUGCAUUAGUGGCAAUAGAAGCACUUAUUCUUCCACGCAACGGUGAUGCACAUUGGGAUGAGACGAUCGCAACAAUGAUGCGGCAAUCUGUGGUGCGCUAUUUCUUGGAGAACCCAGAGGAUGUACAACGUAACGUCUCUGUUGUGCAGGCAACACUGCGUGAACGUGCACAACGAGUACUUAAGUUGCUAGGUUUACCAGAGAGUGAUGCUAACAACACUAUGACAGUAGAUAGUGAUCAUGCCGGUGCUGUUGGAACUGCCGGGCAGACAUUCACAUGGUCAACACCCACAAAUAAUUCCACUGCAUUAGGAAUGAGAGAAGGAGGAGUGAGUGGGAGUACUGCAGAGAGAGAUACAACGGUGGACAUGAGCGGUAUGGCUUUUCGUGCGGCUCAUCGUGGCAUAAAGGACAAGACAACACUGAAAAAACGUGCCCCAAUGCAUUUUGUUGACGAUGGUGUAGUGAAUACAACUUGUGUGAAUAAUAGUUAUACUAAUAAUAAUAAUCAUAAUCAUAAUAAUAUCAAUUGCGGAAAUGGUAGCAAUCCAAAUAAAAUGAACAAUACUAGUGGUACUGGUAACAUUGCCCUUAAUAACGCUAUUAUAGGGAAUAUGAAUAGUAAUAACAUGAAUAACAACUACCACAAAUCUGCUGGUGGUAAUGAUGUGCUUGAUGAACUCUUCGGCUCCCCAGCUACAACAACAACAACAACAACAACAACAACAACAAGAACAGCACCAAUAACAUCUGUAAAUGAUGGUUCAACACCUUUUGACUUCCUUAAGGUAACCGGUGUAGAAGCUUCUACCCCAUUUGUAGUUUCACCAUCAUUACCAUCUUCUAUGGGAGGUUCACUACCCUCAACAGAUGUAAAUGUCAGAAAUAUUAUUGAUGAUAAUAACAAGAAUGAAAAUGCCAUCCUAUCUGGAAAUGGUUUUAAUACAUUUCCUAUACCGACAUCAUCAUUACCUAAUACUACUACUACUACUAGUACUAGUACUGCUCCUACCUUUGCGGGGCCUUCAUCAGCGAUGCUUCUACAAAUGCAACAACAGCUUCAAGUACUUAUGAACAACCUGCAAAACAAUCAGAGUCCUGAUGCACUAGCGCAAAUUCAAUCUCUUGUUGAAAAACAGCAGAAUUUAAUGACUCUUAUUUCUCAACAACAACAACAACAACAACAUGCAUUGUGGGAUACUUCAUCCUAUAAUAGUGUAUCCGGUUCUGGAGGAAGUGCACUACCCGUUCACAACCACUUUUCUAUGGGCGUAGUACACUCGUCGAGCUCAACUUCUUCCUCUUCAUUCCCUACGAAACCUUCAAAUUCUUUAGCGGACGUACAGCGGGAGAUGAUGUCCCAUAUGGCAACGUUCAAACAAGGUCAAUAA